UCCAUUUGCAGACAAAGUGUUAACAAUAGAGCGUGAGAACAAUGGCCGAGUGUAUGAGAACCUUAAACCCUCUCAAAACCCCUCUUAACAUCAACAAAAUCCCAGCACGCAAAAUCGUUUUUCCUUCUUCUUUCUCCUCUUUUGAGACAAAACCCCGUUUUAAACCAAACAAAUACCCAAAAAUCUAUGUGUCUGUAAUGUCCAGCCAGAACCAAAACCAAAACCAAAAACAAAAGUUGUCUCUCGAUGCUUUGGUAAUCAGUAAUCGCAAAGAAGAACUCCUUGGAGAUAUUAAGGGCUCGCUUUCUAAGUGUUUGUCAGAGACAAAUCUUCACUUAACUGUACCUGGUCUCAAAUCCAAAGCCAGGGGCAAGGUAAGGGACAUUUAUGAUGGUGGGGAUUAUCUUGUUCUUGUCACAACUGACAGACAAAGUGCUUUUGAUAGAAUUCUUGCUUCUAUUCCUUUCAAAGGCCAGGUUCUUAAUGAGACAAGUUUGUGGUGGUUUGAUCGAACAAGACACAUAACUCCAAAUGCAGUCGUGUCAUCUCCUGAUAAAAAUGUUACAAUUGCAAAGAAGUGUUCAGUUUUCCCUGUUGAAUUUGUUGUUAGAGGUUUUGUGACUGGAAGUACUGAUACAUCACUGUGGACGGUCUACCACAAAGGCGUCCGGGAUUAUUGUGGCAAUGCUCUCCCAGAUGGCUUGGUAAAAAACCAAAAUCUUCCUGCAAAUAUACUCACACCAACAACUAAGGCUGAAGAUCACGAUGCACCUGUAACUCCAGCAGAGAUAAUUCAACUUGGACUGAUGACUGAAGCUGAGUUUGAUGAAGCAAGUAGGAAAGCAUUAAGCUUAUUUGAGUACGGACAGCGUGUCGCUUUAGAGCAUGGCCUGAUAUUAGUAGACACAAAAUAUGAAUUUGGAAAGGGCUGUGAUGGUUCAAUUCUUUUGAUUGAUGAGGUGCAUACACCUGACUCAAGCAGGUACUGGAUUGCUCAUUCUUAUGAAGAGCGUUUUCAGAAUGGUCUUGAACCUGAAAACAUUGAUAAGGAGUUUCUGAGAUUGUGGUUCAGAGAUCACUGCAAUCCAUAUGAAGAUGAGGUCCUCCCUGAUGCUCCUCAAGAACUUAUUUGCGAAUUAGCUUGGCGAUACAUAUUUUUGUACGAGGCAAUAACAAAAUCAAGAUUUGAGUUGCCAUUGACCGAGGAGCCUAUACAUGAUCGUAUCACGAGGAAUGUUUCAUUGGCAUUAUCAGCUCUGCGGUAACUUGAAACGUGUUGCUUCGAAGAUGAAAAUUAUAGUGAGAAAUUAAUACACAAUUAUAUGAUAAGGCAUUAGGUUUCUUGAUGUACUUCGGUCAGUGAUCUUGGGAUUUUGUAUUCAAGAUAAGGUUUAAUAUCAAGAGGUUCUGAUUGAUAUAAAUGAGGUGGCAGGAUAGGCCAAAUUAUU